AUGGUUUCUACCAACAUUCUCCGACUCACUCUUUUCGCUCUGGGAGUUCAGAGUCUAGCUCUUCCUGAUCUCUUCGGCGGCCUCCCCGGGUUCUCUUCCCCAGGACAAACAGGAGAAAAUGAACCUUCUGCUCCAGGCUUUGCUGGAGGCGACUCGCCCAGCUGGCCCGGUCCUCCUGAACUUCCCCAGCCUGGACCUCCGGGAGGCAAUUCACCAGGUUGGCCUGGUAAUCCGGGAUCCCCCCAGCCCGGGCCUCCUGGGAACCAGCCAGGCUGGCCAGCAACAGGAUCUCCAGGUUGGCCAAGUUCACCCAUUCCUCCAACGACUACUUCUCAUGGGACCUUACCCUCGAAGACUAGCUCCAGCCCGAGCCACACCACCACAGUGACUACGUCUCCGACAACCACGAGUAGCCCAAGCAUCUCGUCAACAGCUUCAACCAGCACUUUAGAGCCGUCUACAAGCACCAGUUCUUCCAAUGUUCCGACCAGCACCACGCAGUCAACAACCCUGACCUCGACGACGACGUCACCAGCGGCGCCUCCUACGACUUCCACUUCCUCCACUAGUACAAGUCCCACGACAACGACAACCUCGCUCUCGACCACAAGUUCGACUACUACUUCGACUACGACCACCACAACUACAACAACCACGACCACAACCACAACCACGACCACAACGAGUGCGACUACUCCUCCCCCUAGUUGCCCAACGCCUAGCCUUGCAAACGGUGGAUUCGAGGACAGCGAUACAUCCAUCUCUCCUUGGGUAUAUUCGAACUUUGGAUAUUCUGUGGACGAAUUUGUUGGAGAAGCUGGCAGCGGCACCUUCGUACCACAUUCCGGCAACAAUUACUUCGAAGUCAUCAGUUCCCAGUCAGAUCCAAUCGAGGUUCGAAUCGCACAAUCUCCCGAUUUCUGCGCAGGAGCGACCUACACAAUUACCUUGUGGGCCAUUGGGGACUGCUCCGGGGGCGCCGGCCUAGGACUUUGUGCCGGCGAAAAUGUCGACGAUGUAUACAUCCAGAUUGUGACCGGCGUUGGUUUCAGUCCAAUGUUCUACCCUCAAAACGUCGGAACAUCUGACUGGCAGGAGUUCACAUACACAUUCACGUGGACCGGUGGAGACGGCCUGAACCCUAUUGAUAUUGAUAUCUUCAUAAACUCCGAGGGCGAUGCACUGGCCCUAGACGACAUCUCGAUUGCCCUCGCUGAAGACACCACUUAG